ACCGAACGGUUACUCUUCACAUCAAUGAUUCUAUCGUUGAAGAUCGACAACUUCAGGCGUUUCGUAUCUGCUGCCAACAUUAGCGAAUAGAACAAAUUGUUCGUAUAAAGGAAACCUUUGACACUACGAAUCUUCGAAAAUACAAAUUAUCAUUGAAAUUCGUUGUAAGUGGGGCGAUAUAAACGAACAACAAAUAGGAGUUUGCAUUUCUUGUGAUAAGUUCACCUGAGCGAGAAGCCGUGACAUACGCGAAUGCCGUCAGAUAAAUGAUGGUAAUACAGUAGUGAAAUUAUUAUUUUGUUUAAUCACAAUGUCUGACAAUAGUCCACCACCAGUUGAAGUUGCAUUUGGAUUAGAUAAUCAUGGUAGGGUAGUACGUAUUGAAUCAGGUGCAAACAGACCAAACAUAGGACGUCUCGCAAGCAUAGAAGAAACAUUAAGACUAUUGAGCAAUAAUUUAAUAUCAGACCAUCCAAGCACUGAAUCUAAUAAUGAUACACAAGCUGCAACAAUAUCUUCCGAAGAAGAAACAACGUCGGAUAUAACAGGACACGAGUUAUCAACUGAUGUGACGGAUGGAAUAUCGUCACCGAGUCAUACUACUGGAAGUGUACCAACGAUAAGUUCAGAAGAAGAUAAAAGGUACUGUUGGGUCUGUUUUGCAACGGAUGAGGAUGACGCAACAGCCUCUUGGGUAAAACCCUGUCACUGUCGUGGAACAACUAAGUGGGUACAUCAGGGUUGCAUACAACGUUGGGUAGAUGAAAAACAAAAAGGACGUUCCGGAGCGGACGUGGCGUGUCCGCAGUGUAACACAGAAUACAUCAUUGUUUAUCCAAACAUGGGACCUUUAGUCGUAAUUCUAGAUACGAUUGAUGGGGUUAUAUUCCGUGUAUGUCCAUUCAUUGCAGCCGGAAUAGUUGUUGGCUCAAUUUACUGGACAGCUGUUACGUAUGGAGCAGUAACAGUAAUGCAAGUGGUUGGCCACAAAGAUGGUCUGACCAUGAUGGAGCAAGCUGAUCCUUUGGUAUUGCUGGUUGGUUUACCAACUAUCCCCAUAAUGCUUGUUUUAGGGAAAAUGCUUCGAUGGGAAGACCAAGCACUAAGUUUGCUCCGAAGACAUGCUUGCAAAUUGCCAAUUUUAAGGCACUUCUUACCUAGCAGUUACUCUGACGAAGAUAGAGCACAGUCACAAGAAGUUCCACCGAUGAAUGAUCCAGUGUCAGCAACAAGAAUUCUUUGUGGUGCUCUCCUAUUGCCCACUAUUGCUAGCAUCUGUGGCAAGCUUUUGUUUGAAAGCAUGAGCUCCAAUUUCCAGAGGACGUUACUUGGUGGCGUAGCGUUCAUAACAAUAAAGGGGGCUUUCAAGAUCUACUACAAACAGCAGCAAUACGUUAGACAGUGCCAAAGGCGUAUAAUGGAUUAUACGGAAAACAACGUGGCUAAAUAUAGGAGGCAACAAAAUGCAGAGAGCAAUCAAACGAGCUAAGCCGAAUGUUAUGAUAAUUACGUGACAUACGUUAUGCGGGUAUGUGAGAGAUGCGUGAAUACUUGAUUCGUAAAAUUAUCGUCUUUCAUUUAUUAUUCACGGUAUUUUUCCGUCAAAGGCGCAAUGUUCGUUCUUGCACAGCAGACGCGGAUUUAACUACUGCAGAAGCAAUGACAAUGCAUGCAACUAUACAAUGAAAAGACAGUAAGGAUUUGUAAAUAAACAUAUAUAUCAGAGAAGAGCAUGAAAUGGAUAAAACGCCGGUUAAUUAACUAGGAUAGGAUAUGGUGGUUAGAAGUGAGAUAAUCGAAUUAAGAAAACAACUUAGGUUUCUUUGGACUCACUGAUAAAACAUAAAAUAACUUCACAGUGAUCUAAUAUCAUGGCUGUUUGUAUUACAUUUAUUGAUUA